UCAGAUGUCUUCUAAAAGUCUGGUAGUUGUUGUUCUCUUUGACAUCUGGUGGGAGGGCGUUCCACAGGUCAGGUGCCACCACCGAGAAGGCCCUCUGCCUGGUUGCCUGUAACUUGGCUUCUCGCAGUGAGGGAACUGCCAGAAGGCCCUCGGAGCUGGACCUCAGUGUCCGGGCAGAACGAUGGGGAUGGAGACGCUCCUUCAGGUAUACUGAGCCGAGGCAACAAAUGAUUUCUGGAAGCAACACUUGCCCCUGGCAAUGGGCUGUUCCCGAAGGCACAGCACUUGUGAGUCACCCUCCCACAUUCCAUUGUUCACAGAUGUUCCCUUCCAGCUGGGAAGGAGUACAGAUGCUCAGCCCAUCCCCUGCUCAGCUCAUCGCCCCGGCACACCUCAAACGUUUAUGAUCAGCCCCGGAGGAUCCAGUUCAAGGCAAAGGGGAUCCCUUGAAGAUGAAGACCUGCUUCUUUGUCCCUCUCUGCGUGCUCCUCCUCCUCUGCAUAAACGAAGUUCACCCACUGUGGUGCUUCACGUGCGAACCAUCGUCCAGCAACUUGUCUUGCCUGAAGGCCACCAAGUGCUCAGAGAAUGACAAGCACUGCAUGACCACAGUCGCCUCUUUCAGGAUUGGCUUCUUGACCGUCAGAAAGAGAAUCACCAAGAAGUGUUCGCCGAGCUGUCCAAAUCUGAACAUGGAUAUGGGCAUUGGUGCCUUCCAGACCUCCUGUUGCCAAAGUUUCCUCUGCAAUCUUUUUGGACACAUCACAGCUAAAAACGAGACCCGGUGACGGGCUCUGUGUUCGGAUCUGUGUUCAGAUGUAACCCCCUUCCUGGUGGCCGUUUGAGAAGCCAACUUAGCAUAGGGCUGCCAGGUCUCAAGGCCAGAUCUGCCAUUUUCACCCUGUUCUCCUAGGGGUCCAGUGAUAAAACUGCUAUC